AAGUCUUUUUCUUUCUGUUUCUGUGUCUAUGAUUAAAAUUGAUCGAAUCGAAGGAAACACAGUUUACAAAAUAAAUAAAAUUCAAAAGAAUAUCGUGGGUUUAUUGUAAUCUACUGCGAUCACAAUGGGUGAACAUUUAAAAGUCAAUCCAAAUGAUUUCACAGACUACUUACAAUCACUGAUAAAAUUGGAUGCGUUAGAGAAAAUGACUGAAGAAUUGGAUAGAGAGCUCGAGGAUUCGCAAAAGAUAAUGAUGGAAAUAAGAUCUGUGUACAACUCUGUGUCCACGGGUGUGAAUAACGAGGAGCCUGCCAACAGCGAGCGGCGCCAAGCAACGCUCUCGAACUUGUUGGAAGCCGGUGUUCCUCAGCUGUUGAUGCCGGACAUGGCGGUGGAGAACAUGGACAUCGACAUUGACGAGGCCAUCGCAUCCCUGAAGCGCUACGCCGAGGGGUUGAAGCAUACGCUAGUGGUGCUAGAACAGCAGCCUCCCAAGCCCACUGAGAUGGUGGAACUUAAUUUGGACCAGUAUGCUCAGAGCCUGGAUCAGCUUGGCAAACGCUUGGCUAACAUCAAACUGAAUAAGAACGAUAAUACAAAGCUUAAGAAUGCUGACCUUGAGGCCAAGCUGCAGCAGUUGUGUGGAGAUGUUGAUAUGUUCAUGAAGCUAUUAAGUGCUAAGAAGACUUUAAGUGAACGCAACAAGAAUUGGACUGAGAACCGACAAGAUGGCAAUGAGCUGCAAUAUGACAAUAUCAUCAAGAAGUUGAUCUCAGACCUCAAUGAAGUCAUAUGCUUACUGCAGAACAAAGUAUAAAUCAUUGAAGUACAGUCUUAUUUUAAUGGAUCUCUAUUAAUGUUGUCUAAGCACAGCUUUUUUUAGUUUUUAGGGUUUAAAACCUCAUGGCUAGGAAUUAUACUAUGUGUAUUAAUGUAUAAUCCCUACAGAAGAUGCUAGGGAGUUUGUUCUACCAUUUAUUCUUGCAAGUCAGGAAGGACACAUAGUUGUGAAGGCAACUAGGGCAACUUGUGAAAUUGACUUGCAAAAAGUGCUGAUUUUCAGCCCACAUUCAUGACUUUCUAAUGUGAUUUGAAACAGAAUUCCAUAACUUUGGUAAUUCUAUCUUCUUGGUUGGUCUGACCUAUGUAUUUAGUAUAUUCCUAGCCUAACACCUGUAUUCUCCUGUUUUGUGAUGCAUCCUUGACCUGAUGCAUUCCUCAUUCAAACAGUAUUUUGUAAUGAAGCUGUGUAAUUGAGAAUGUUUUAUUAUACUAACUAAAGAGUAUGGGUGUAUUUGUUUAUUGAUAGAUUUUAAUUGUUUCUUGUGGGUGUACUACGCUGAAUCGAAUAACAAAUAAUCGAAUAUCCAUUGAUCGACCACUAUAAAUCGAAAUUCUAAAUACUCGAACAUUCAUAAUAUCGAAUGGUUAUUAAAUCGAACAUUCAAUACAUCGCGCAGUCAAUACAUCGAGUGUUCAAAAUAUCGAAUGUUUGUUUGAUCAAGCGUUAAAUGCAUCGCAUACUCAUCCUAUCGAAAAAUUUUUAUUUUUUAUGAAUACAAGAAAAACUCAAAAUUUUAUAAUAAAACACAUUUUAAUAUAGUUUUUAUUAUUAUUGAAUAUUUUUUCAAUCGCAUUAUCAUCCCUUUUGCCUCUUCUUUGUAAAGUAGGUCUUCCCAAUCCCGCGUUUGCCUUUUCAAAUCAUACAAAAAUUUAAAAUGUACCUUUAAAAGAUAAGAAUUAAAGAUUAAAAUGUGAUUUUGUUCCCUUGUGUUAUAAAAUUUUGAGUUUUUCUUGUAUUCAUAAAAAAUACAAUUUUUUCGAUAGGAUGAGUAUGCGAUGCAUUUAACGCUUGAUCAAACAAACAUUCGAUAUUUUGAACACUCGAUGUAUUGACUGCGCGAUGUAUUGAAUGUUCGAUUUAAUAACCAUUCUAUAUUAUGAAUGUUCGAGUAUUUAGAAUUUCGAUUUAUAGUGGUCGAUCAAUUGAUAUUCGAUUAUUUGUUAUUCGAUUCGGCGUAGUACACCCGUUUCUUGUACUGAUAAUAUCUGCCAUAGAAAUAAAUAAAAUAGUUAGUGUGACAACUAAAUGCUAAUCAAAAAUCAAAAGAAAAAACAUGUUUGUAUUUGUUGCAUGUUCUUAUGUUAUUGAGUUACUGUCUAAUUAGAUAGGUAUUCAAUAGUUCAAAAAAGGUGUUACUUUGUUUCAUUAAUUUCAAAUAUUACAAUGUUCUGGAUUGAUACAAAUUAACAUGUUAAAAAGUUAGGGUCCAGUGAGUUUUGAUUAUAUUAUUGUGAUUUUUAUAGUAGCUUUAAGUGUAUGUAAUUAAGAUUUUAGGAUAUUGUAUGUUUUUAAACAGGGGAUGUUCCUUGUGCAUAAUCAGGCUGUAGGCCAUAUAACUAUCAUAGUCCGAAUAAUCUGUGAGUAAUCUCAUUACUGACCAUAUUUGCUACAAAUAUAAAAACAGUAUUUUUUGUUUUGAUAAUUUAUUUAGUUCAUCAACAAAUUAAUUUUCUUGCAAAACUCAUAUUCAAAUCUUUUGUAACGAAAAUAAAUAUUUGUGUAGUACAGUGUUAAGUUCAUUGUAGAAUUAUGUUGUAAAUGUAUAAUUUUGUAAAAAUUUCAUUAAAUAAAAAAUUGUCUUCACAUUCCAAAUUAAUAUGGUCAAAUCAUGGUUAAAAUUAAUCAUUCUGUAAGUCAGUCAAUAGAACCGAUUGUUAAUAAAGAAUUAAUAAUAAAGAAAA